AUGAACUUCUUCCCGUACAAUCAAAACCCUAACCGUAACUACCCGGCCGACGAUAAUUACUCUCCGCCGCCAUCCUUCCCGCAAUUCGCGGGUCCCGCCGCCGGGCCGGAGUUCCACUUCUCCGAUUACCUGUUCCCGGAGGAAGCACGCGAUAAUCAUGAUGAUCGUAACAGCAAUUACAUGGAUGAUUAUGAUCACUCACCUGAUCCCCACCACAGCUUCGCCGUCACCGCCACUGCUACUGACUCUCCGGUCCAGAUCGGGUCCGGCGGCGAUGGCGGCUCUUGGAACUCUGUCGGGAAUAUUGAUGAUGGAGACCAACAUGAAAUCAGCAGAAGAAUCAGUAAUGGAAAGCAAAAAAUGAACAAGGAAUCAGAAGUAGUGGCGCAUAAUAGAGUUGCGUUCAGGACCAGGUCGGAGCUGGAUGUGAUGGAUGAUGGCUACAAGUGGAGGAAGUACGGCAAGAAAUCUGUCAAGAACACCCCUAAUCCCAGGCACUACUACAAGUGUUCAAGCGUGGGAUGCAACGUGAAGAAGAGAGUCGAGAGAGAUAGGGAGGACUCGAGCUUCCGUCCCUUCGAUUUGGUUUGCCCUCUCGACGGGAAAUUUUCCGUUUCCGAUAAGGAGGGAACAAUGUUUUGGAGGGAUCGCGAAAGGGAGAGCAAGGAGCUUAAUGGCGGGCCGCCAUGUGGUCUGGUUCGUGUUCUUGUUGUUGGUGAUUCAGGUGUGGGGAAAACUUCUCUUGUGAAUCUGAUGGUCAAAGGCUCUUCCUCUGGCCGCCCUCCUCAAACAGUUGGAUGCAAUGUUGAUGUCAAGCACAUUACUUAUGGUAGUAGUGGCAGCUCUUCCAGCAGCAUGAAAGGUGAUGGUGAGAGAGAUUUCUUCGUUGAGCUUUGGGAUGUGUCAGGACACGAGCGCUACAAAGAUUGUAGGUCUCUUUUCUAUUCCCAAAUUAAUGGAGUUAUAUUUGUUCAUGAUCUGUCACAGAGAAGGACAAAAACAAGCUUGCUACACUGGGCUUCAGAAAUUGCAGCAACUGGAACCUUCUCUGCCCCUUUGGGUUCUGGGGGUCCUGGCGGUCUCCCUGUACCCUACAUUGUUAUUGGCAAUAAAGCUGAUGUGGCAGCGAAGGAAGGCACAAGAGGAAGCAGUAGCAACCUGGUUGAUGCUGCUCGCCAUUGGGUUGAGAAGCAAGGACUGCUUCCGACCAGCGAUGAACUUCCAUUGACCGACAGCUUCCCGGGAAGUACAGGACUUCUUGCUGCUGCCAAAGAGGCAAGAUAUGACAAGGAAGCUGUGAUCAAGUUUUUCCGUUUGUUAAUCCGGAGAAGAUAUUUCUCAGAUGAGUUGGUCAGCAGUCCUAGUCCAUGGUCAGCUUCUCCAGCUCAAAGGUCUCAGCAACAUCUUGACGAAGAUAUAACUGAGGAAAACCAGUUUUACAAGAGCACGAGUCUGGGUGGCGAUCCUUACAAAUACAACAGUCUACCUCCCCUGCCUGCACAGCGAAAUCUCACGCCGCCUCCCACGCUUUAUCCUCAGCAGCCGGUUUCAGUAAUGGAGAACUACAACUUCCCAAGGUUUCCCUCAUUGGGUUCUCAAGAAAUCAGCAGCAGUACGAGGUCGAAACGGUUGGACAUCAAUGUAUGA